CCCUUUUUUUUUUUGGCUAUUAUCAAGAAUGAUACAAAAAGUCAAAAACUUGGAUCCAGGAAAUUGGGCAACAGACAUGGAAGGAGGGUCUUCUUUUGGUUACCGGUUACUUUUUAUUAUUUUGAUCUCCAAUAUCAUUGCUGUCUUUUUACAAAAUCUGACUAUCCGACUUGGUACCAUUGCUGGCCUUGAUUUAGCAGCUGCAUCACGAAAAUAUUUCCAUCGUUACCUCAAUUUCUUUUCCUAUUCUGAUAUUGUUGCUGUGGAUGUAUUUAAGGGAUACUUGCCAACCAAGAAAUCUUCACUGAUCCAGAUAUUCUUAUGUUGCAUUGGCAUCAUUGGUGCAACAGUCAUGCCACAUAAUUCACGUUGUCGUGAAUGGCGGUCUUCAAGGCUCACCGGUCUGAACCUUGAGGCCAUGCGUAGCUUUCUUGAUAGUUCUUUGAAAUGUAACUUGCAUUAUGGGUUUAUUGAUCUGGUUGUUGCUCUCACGUUUGCCUUUUUCGUUAAUUCUGCUAUUCUUGUGGUUGCUUCAGCUAACUUUUAUUAUGGGCCUAACAAUCAACAACAACAAGUAGAAGAUUUGUCCCCUGCUGCUAUCGUGUUUGCGCUUGCUUUAUUGUGUGCAGGCCAAUCCAGUACAUUGACGGCUACUCUAGCUGGUCAAGUGAUCAUGAGCGGGUUUUUAGGCAUGACGACGAGACCUUGGAUACGACGUAUCGUUACACGAUUGAUUGCUAUCAUUCCUGCCAUGAUAGCAGCUUGUGUUGCUGGUCGUUCAGGUUUAACACUUAGUAUUCAAUUACCUUUUGCUGUUGUUCCUCUUGUCUAUUUUACUGCUAAAAAGAAAGCCAUGAAACUCGAUCUGCCUGUCUCUAUGACUCAACAAAGUAAAAUGUCUUUUAUCGACCACAAUACACUGUCCACAGAAGACAAACAAGAAGGCACAAGCACACCGCCCAGUACUAUAAAACUUUGG